AUGGUCAGCUCCUGUUGUGGCUCCAUCUGCUGUGACCACAGCUGUGGCCGUGGCCUCAGCCAGGAGAUAUGCUGUCACCCCUGCUGCAUCUCUAACUGCGGCCACGCUUCUUACUGUGGCUCCAAUAGCUGUGGUUCCAGCUGCUGCAUUUCUAGUUGCAGUCGUCCCUCUUGCUGUAUUUCCAGCUGCUACCGCCCCAGCUGCUGCCAGCCCACCUGCUGCAGGACCACCUGCUCUCCCCCCAGCUGCAGUGUGUCCAGCUGCUGCAGGCCCCAGUGCUGCAUCUCCAGCUGCUGCCGCCCCAGCUGCAGCCAAUCUGUGUGUUGCCAGCCCACCUGCUGUCGCCCUAGUUGCUGCCUCUCCAGCUGCUGCCAGCCCUUUAGCUGUGGCUCCAGCUGCUGCCGCCCCAGCUGCUCCAUUUCUAGCUGCUGCCGGCCCUCUUGCUGUGGUUCUAGCUGCUGUGGCUCCAGCUGCUGCCGCCCCUCCUGCUGCCUGCGCCCAGUCUGUGGCCGGGUCUCCUGCCACACCACUUGCUAUCGCCCCACGUGUGUCAUCUCCACCUGCCCCCGCCCCGUGUGCUGCCCCUCCCCUUGCUGCUGA